AUGGUCGUUGCCACGAUUAAGUGCGUCUCUGCCCCUCACAUUGCCCAAAGCAUCCCACACUCUCUCCCUGGAAGGUUUCUCCCUGCUCCUUACAGAUGUGUGGUUGUUGGGGACGGUGCGGUCGGCAAAACAUGCCUCUUGAUCUCCUACACGACGAACAAGUUCCCCUCUGAAUAUGUCCCAACCGUCUUCGACAAUUAUGCCGUGACUGUGAUGACACAAACUGAUCAUGGUGUCUUUUCCAACCACAGGAUUGGUGAUGAACCUUACACUCUGGGACUUUUCGAUACUGCUGGACAAGAAGACUAUGACCGCCUUCGCCCACUUUCAUAUCCACAGACAGAUGUCUUCCUGGUCUGCUUCUCUGUGACUUCACCGGCCUCCUUUGAGAACGUCCGGGAAAAGUGGUUCCCAGAAGUCCACCACCACUGCCCAGGUGUGCCAUGUCUCAUUGUCGGCACCCAGACCGAUCUGCGUGAUGACCCAGUUGUCCGCGAGAAACUGGCCAAGCAGAAGAUGCAGCCUAUUCGCAAGGAGGAUGGUGAUCGGAUGGCGAAGGAGCUGGGUGCCGUCAAAUACGUGGAAUGCUCGGCGCUGACGCAGUACAAGCUGAAGGAUGUGUUUGAUGAGGCCAUUGUUGCUGCGCUCGAGCCCGCCCCCAAGAAGAAGUCCAAGUGUGUCCUCCUGUAG